AUGGGGCGCCCCCCGCUCCCGCCGCGCCCCCCUGCCAGCCGCCGCUUCGAGUCGGAGACGCCCCCCGAGCUCCACUUCCGGGAAGCGCGCGGCGGGAGCGACGCCGACCAGGUAGGACGCGCAGGGGGCGUGGGCGCGAACUCCGGGCGCCUGCGCGGCCCCAGCCGCUGCCCCAAGGCUGCAGGCGCGGGACCCGCCACCGCGCGGCCGGGCCACGCGGGACCCAGCGCGGAGCGGAUGGAGCCAGGCGCCGACACCCAAGGGGGCGGCGGCCCCGAGGCCCCCCGGGAAGCAGCGGGCCCCGAGCUCCCGCAGCUGCCGCGCCGCCCGCAGCUCCUGGACGAGAGCGGGGACCCCCCGGAGCCGGCGGCCGAGGGACCCUCCGCCCAGGCCGCGGGCGAGGCCGGGCCGGGGCCCAAGGGGGCUACCGGCGGGGCCCCCCUCGGCUGGGUGGGGGAGCCCCCGCCCUACGCGCCUCCCGACCCCAAGGCCGUGCAGCUGCUCUACCCGCCCUUCCCGCCGGCCCCGGUGCUCUUCCCGCCGGCAGCGACCCCCCAGGCCCUGUACCCGCCGCCCCCUGCGACCCUCUACCCCGCGCCGCCGCCGCAGCCGCUCUUCACGCCCUUCCCGGUGUACGGUGGCCCCGGCCUGGCCGAGCACAGGCCCCUGCCCAAGGACUACAUGAUGGAGUCGGUACUGGUGACGCUCUUCUGCUGCCUGCUCACCGGGCUCAUGGCUGUCGUCUACUCCCAUGAGACUCGCGCGGCGCUGAGCCGGGGGGACAUGGCCCAGGCCGAGGAGGCAUCCCGCAAGGCUCGCGGCUUGGUGCUCUUCAGCCUGCUCUUCGGGGUCUUCGUGUCCGCCAGCUGGGUGAUCUACGUGAUGGUGGCACUCUACCUACCCUGAGCCACUCCUG